AGUUUUAAAUAGUUGCAGACAUAAUCAAGUAAAGGUUAGUCACCAACUCAGAUAAAAAUAUACAAAUUUAGCUUGUUUGUUGUAACAGAUAAACCACAUUAUAAGUACUUGUCAAACCAACAACUGUCCGAAAAACCAUGCCAGCAAAAUUUAUUUAUAAGCAAUUCUUCAGCUGUUUGAUCAUUCCGCUCAUGGCCGUAAUUGCAUACCAGAUGUGGAAUUAUUGGACAAAUCACGAGUCUGAUCGGUAUCGAUUCAAUUCAUUCGCUCCACUCCGUAAUGACAGCAAAGUGAGAUGGUUUGUUGAUGGCAAAGAUUAUAUGUCUGCCGUUGCUGAUGCCAUUGAAGCUGCACACAAGGAAAUACUUAUCACUGAUUGGCAAAUGAAUCCCUAUAUCUUUAUGAAAAGGCCUGAUAAUGGCGUCGACAGUCUUAAAUGGCGACUGGAUAAGAUGUUGAUGAGGAAAGCUACCGAAGACGUUAAAGUGUAUAUUCUACUUUACUGGGAAACGACGCGAGCACUUGAUCUCGGCAGUGAUCAUACAAUUUCAACUUUAAACAAACACCCCAAUAUAGUGGUUUAUCGUCAUCCAAACUUUUUCAACGUAUUAAAAAACAUUGGCAAUAUUACAAUACGAUGGAGCCAUCAUGAAAAACUUAUUAUUAUUGACAGGCAGAUAGCUUUUGUGGGCGGUAUUGAUCUUUGCUAUGGUCGUUGGGAUACUUCAUCUCAUGAGCUGAUGGACGACUAUCCGCUUCAUCCAUGUACUGAGGAACAUUGUGAAGAUAUGAAAGCAGGUAACACAUAUGAACGAUAUCGCCGAUGGCUUGGCAAAGAUUAUAAAAACGAAUUUUUGUCAGACGGAAGUAAAAUUAAUUGGGAAAAGCCCAGUGAUGAUUAUGAAUAUAUUAAUAGAAGUCAAAUUCCUAGGAUGCCAUGGCAUGAUGUAGCGUGUGCGUUUACCGGCGAUGCGGUCUCGGAUGUAGUAAAGCAUUUUCGUCAACGAUACUAUGCUUUGAAUCCCAGUUGGUGCACAUCGGGUCUUCAAGAUUUGCCAAUAGAGCUUGAUGUAUCGGACAGUAAAGUGCUUGAUACUGAUGACAGCUUAUUCACAAAGGUUAACAUUCAAGUUCUUCGUUCUGUUGACAAUUGGUCAGCUGGGCAACCCCACGAAGCCUCCAUUUAUAACGCUUAUCUUAACGCAAUUGAAAAUGCAGAGAAAUACAUUUACCUCGAGAAUCAGUUUUUUAUCUCAUCGCAACCAGACGUGGAGAAUCAGAUUCAAUCGGCUUUGGCGAAUCGCAUUCAUCGUGCCUACAAGAAUGGUGAGGAUUUUCACGUGAUGAUAGUUAUGCCUUUGAAACCAGAGUUUGGUCCCGAGGAUUGGAAAUCAAACCGGCCAUUAAAUGGUUUAAAAAGACUAAGUUACUGGAACUAUGCCACUCUUUUUACGGGGAAGCACUCAUUAACAUAUAGGCUGAAAGAGUUGAACCCAGAUAUUUCAGUGAAUAGUUAUUUUAGCAUCUAUGGAUUACGAACACACGGCUUGCUGGGCAAGAAUAUGGUAACUGAAAUCAUUUAUGUGCACAGCAAAUUGAUGAUCGUUGAUGAUCGAGUUUCUAUUAUCGGUUCCGCUAACAUCAACGACAGAAGUAUGCUUGGUGGACGAGAUUCGGAGGUGGCUGUCAUAGUUGAGGAUGUAGAAAUGGUCGAUGGAAAGAUGAAGGAUAAAGAAUGGAAAGUUGGAAAGUUUUCACAUUCCUUAAGAUGUCGUCUUCUUAAGGAGCAUUUGGGGCUUUUGAACACGGAAAAUUCAGUAAAUAGCUCGAAGAAAGUACAGGAUCCUUUGUUGCAAUCUUUUAUUACAGAAAUGUCUCAACAAGCUGAUACAAACACUGAAAUUUACGAGAAGGUGUUUGGCAGGAGAAUAUUGCCAAAAAAUGAAGUGAGGAAUAUGGACGACCUCAAAAAAUGGAUGCAGGAGAAAGGUCUUGUCCACAAUGAUGAAAAGCUUGCUAACGAAGAACUGAAAAAUAUUCAUGGACACAUCGUUACGUUCCCAGGUCUUUUCUUAAUAGAUGUACUUAGCUCUUCAAUAGUUGACAAGGCGGGAGUAUAUUAUAGAACGGCUGAGUAAACGUGCAUGUAAAAUUAGCGAAAUGCACGAAAAUACAACAGAUCAAUUCCGGCUUGGCACAUUCACUAGCUGUUAAGAUAUGAACAUCAAACGAAAAGACAUAAGCAACAUAGCAUUGCAUGCAUAAUUAAAUAGAUAUGACAUAUGUCAGAUUAAAUAAUAUUCGUACUUGUUAUUGUAAUAUCGUUGUUCGAUAUAUCGUUGUCCAAUAUCGAACAACGAUAUUGUUAUUGUAAUAUCGAUAUUUAACUUGUUGUUUGUUCCACAAAAAAUCAUAAUAAUUUCACGUACAAUCCGAAUGUUAUUGCCGAAUCACGAAUAAAUUAACAGAUUAUGGGCCCAGGAGCGUUUGAUUUUCUGUUGAUGAUAGCAAAUAAGGAAAGUAUAUGAGAUAUUGCGAUUUUAUGAGAAUAUAACUUACAUAAGUGCGAAA